UUCAUCGCCGCGACAACACUAAAAGCAGGAACGAGUAAACGGAAUAAACAGACCUUCUACGACGUUUGUACGGUGAACACCAUUGAAGCCAGAUUUCGUUCGUUUUUCCACGAAUUAAAUUAUUCCAAAUAAAAAUGCCUAAUUGUCCGAAAUGCGAAAAGCCAGUUUAUUUCGCCGAGAGAAAAACUUCUUUGGGUAAAGAUUGGCACGCGGCUUGUCUGAGAUGUGAAAAAUGUAAUAAAACUCUUACUCCUGGCUCUCACGCCGAACACGAAGGAAAACCUUAUUGUAAUCAUCCCUGUUAUAACGCACUGUUCGGACCAACAGGUUUUGGUCGAGGUGGAGCAGAAAGUUAUGUUUACAAGAAGUAAUCAUCUUGAAAUAAAAAAAAAUAAUGCAUUAAUGAUAUAAAAUUAUACAUUCCGAUUUAUUUUGCUUUAUUUAGAGUUAUAAUUUUAUUUUUAAUUUUUGCCUAAAGUAUUAGAUGAUGACAUUAAAGUAUUUUGAAUAAAAA